GCCCAGACCUUCAAAUACAUCAACACGGCCGUGGGGUGCCUGGUCUUCGUGCUGGGCAUCAUCGGGAACUCCACCUUGCUCCGGAUCAUCUACAAGAACAAAUGCAUGAGGAACGGGCCCAACAUCCUCAUCGCCAGCCUGGCGCUGGGCGACCUGCUGCUCAUCAUCAUCGACAUCCCCAUCCACUUGUACAAGCUUCAUGCAGAAAACUGGCCUUUUGGAGUUGAAUUAUGUAAACUGGUUCCCUUCAUUCAAAAGACAUCAGUGGGCAUCACAGUGCUAAGUUUGUGCGCUCUCAGUAUCGAUAGGUAUCGGGCAGUAGCUUCAUGGAGCCGUAUCAAGGGAAUUGGCGUGCCAAUGUGGACAACCGUUGAAAUUGUAUUGAUCUGGGUCGUGUCUCUUGUUUUAGCUGUUCCUGAAGCUAUUGGCUUUGACAUGAUUACUAUGAAUUACAGAGGAGAAAAAUUUAAGGUUUGUCUACUGAAUCCUCAGCAACAGACGUAUUUUAUGCAGCUUUAUAAGGAAGCCAAAGAUUGGUGGCUCUUCAGUUUUUAUUUCUGCUUGCCGCUGGCAGUCACUGCUCUUUUCUAUACUUUGAUGACCUGUGAGAUGCUGAGAAAAAAGAGUGGGAUGCAGAUUGCUUUAAAUGACCACUUGAAACAGAGACGUGAAGUCGCCAAAACGGUGUUCUGUUUAGUGCUCGUUUUCGCAUUGUGUUGGCUCCCACUUCAUCUCAGUAGGAUACUGAAGUUUGCUCUUUAUGAUGAACAAGACCCGAAUCGAUGUGAACUGUUGAGCUUUUUGCUGGUAUUGAACUACACUGGUCUCAACAUGGCAUCUCUGAAUUCCUGCAUUAACCCCAUUGCCCUCUACUUGGUGAGCAAACGAUUCAAAAACUGCUUUAAGUCAUGCCUGUGUUGCUGGUGCCAGUCCAAAGAUAUGCUGUCCCUGGAAGAGAAACAGUCCUGCUUAAAGUUCAGAGCUAAUGAUCAUGGAUAUGACAAUUUCCGCUCCAGCCACAAGUACAGCUCAUCUUAAGCAAGAAAGUAAACCUUUUGCUCUUGAAAUGAUUUUUUAAGGGUAUGGAUGAUCCAAAUCUGUCAUCCCAACAGAUCCAGGGGUACAGAAUUUGGGAUUUGGACAAACGGUAAUAUCUCUUGCAGUCUGUACUGAUCACACUCACCUGCAGAGUCCAUAACAGAACACGUGGAGGUUGCAGAGAGAUACAAUAAAGCGGACUCCCCCAUCCAAAAAAAUAACCUUGUCAGAGCACUUAAACUCUUCAGACUGAGCACUUCCAGAUCAUCCACAGAUCCCAUAAAUGAAACAGCUGUGUAUUCAUAGAAGCAGUCCUGUGAACCUAAGUAAUAAUUUUCAGCAUAUAUACUUUACUAUGACUGUCAUUGGGACAAAGCCAGCUUGAUCGAGAAAUCACUGCUGCUUUCAUUUCUCCUUCUCUCACCCCCCCACCCCUUUAAAGAAACACACAAGCAAGUCUGUCAGGCUGAACGAUAAUCCUCUGUCAUAUGUGUGGUUUGCUUUUUGGUGCCUCAAACAGGUUGCCUCACGUUGCAGGGUUUCAAGACAAACUACACACAAAUAGAAAUCUUUAUUAUGAAUUGUAGCUAGGCACAAAAUCAGGAGGGCAUGGACAGGGUUAGACUGGUAGUUCUCAUCUACUAUUCUGUAAGAAAAUGUGAACAAUAACUGCUGAAAUGGGGCAAUAGAGGAGGGGAAUAUACAUUGGCAGAGCUUUGAAAUAUUCCUUUUCUUUUGGCUCUCCACUCCAAGAAUCCCACAGGCAACACAUGCAGUGAGAGUAACUUUUCCCAGCCCUGCAGUUUUUUUAAAAAUACAUGCAGUCCUUCUGCUGUGAACCUGUGAAGCAUUAGCAAAAACUCUGCGACAUUUCUCUGAAGGAAGGUUGUAAAUAGAACCAGUUCCUUAUUAGAGGAAUAGAUUAGAUUUGCCCCACUUGUGAUCCUCAAAACCGAAUGCAGUCCCCCAGGCAAAUAGAAAAGCCAGGACUUAACAGGCUGCCGGGAAACUAUUUCCCCUAUAUAGGAUUCAUCUGGAAUAGUGUAUUACAGGUUGGAAGAGCUGGAUUUCAUUGGGGUGAGAAGAUUAAUAUCAUUUUUAUAGACAGUACUGUCAGUAUACAUGGCACAGUAUAGAAAGAGCAGAAUGACAGUGAAUCUUCUUUUAGAUUUAGAGAUUUUAGAUAGAUGCAUAUGCUCAAGCUUUUAGGCUUUGUGAAUAUGAAGACAAAUGUGGAGGUAAUGUGUGCAGAAAAGCUCAGAUGCCAGAAAGGCUUCUGAAUAAGAAUUGAGAGGCCAGCCAUCAAUUUGAAUUCCUUUUUCCCCAUCAAACGUUGAUUGCCUGCAGAUAUGAUUGUAGUUCUCUGCCCCUUGGUUUCUUUAAAAGCAGAUACGUAGUACCCAGCCCUGCAGAUAUCACCCUCCAUGACCACCACUGUUUUUAAGAUGUUAGCCAUCUCUAAUAUGGAUAAGAAUAUCACUGUUUUUGUCAGUGGUUUCUUGCAUGCCUUAAGGGGCAUCUUUGUUGUGGAAAAGAAGGCACUCCUCUAAAGAGCUCGAGAAAAGAUAUUGUGGAGGGAUUCCUCCCGACGUUCCAAAGCAGCAUUCAGCACUGGCUGGGGAUUCUGGGAGCUGUAGUCCAGGACCUAUUCCAACCUCUGUACCUCUGUUCACAGAGUUCUAGCUAAGCUACCAUAGGGAGCCUCAUGAAUGUGGUUCUUCUAAGGAGUAUUUUGUUUUGCUUUUCGUAUAUAUUCUGGUUGAGACAUAUGCAAAACUUGGGUGAUAAGUAAUAAAAAUAUGGGCAGGUCCCGCUAUUAUUGCCUGUACGAAUUGCAGAGAGAGAGAAAGAGAGAGUAGAAAUAAUAAACAUAAUGUGCAUUGCCAGGAGCAGAUCAUAUUUUGCAUGUGUGCAUCACAAAUGGAGGAAUGGUUCAUUU